UCACUACCCAGCAUGCGUGACAAGCAUGUGAAAACAGGCCUUUUGCGACUCUGUAGUGUCAACACACACAGUAUGGCAAAAUCAAUGCUCCUGUGUAACCCCGUAACAAGAGAUGUCGAGUGUAUGCAUUGGCAGCUCUCAUAGGCCAAUGGGUAGGUGGCUGCCUGGAGGAAGGCUGAGACUCGUGCUCCGUCUCACUGGCCCCUGGACGCCUCAACCACGACUAAGUAUCGUCGUUCGUUCUUCUACCUUAUCCAGCGCUCUCACAACCACCCCUCACAUCUGAAGUCGUUAUCUUUGUAUAUUCACACUUGAUAUCGCUUCGCAUUUGCUAGUACAUCAUCAUGGGCAGAGCAUCCGACCCUCCACCCAGCUACCGCGACGACCCAGAAGCUGUCUCCCUCCACACCACCCCCGACGACUACACUUACGAUGACGCUCCCGAAAUCUCCGGUCUUCCUCCUUCAUACACCGACAGCGAGGCCGGAAACAGCACCACCAUCACACCAGACAUUCCCAUCCGCCAUGUCCCACCCCCAACUACACGAACCAACCACAACAGCCCGUCUUUCAAGCACGGCAAACCCGUCGUAACCUCCACCAUAAACGUCCUAGAACCCCAGUACGACACCAACCCCUCCGAACUCGAAUCUGCCAUCCGUUCCUUCGCAAAGGUCGCCCCAGUCCCUCUCGUCUAUAUAAUGGGUACGCACCGCGAGACAGUCAAGAAGGGCGAUAAGAAGGAAACCCAGCACAUCACUGACUUCCGGCUCGUCAUAAACCUACAACGCUACCUCCGUCCCAACUUCGAUGACAGAGACACUUCAACAAUGUUUCUCACGACCGUUGAAAACAGCGAGAAGACGCAUCGAGGUACCAUCCUCAAAUGUAGGGCUCCAGGAUCUACACAAGAUAUCGAAGUUGGUGGUGCGCCAAAAGCGGGGUUGACGGAAUGGUGUCAUAGAUAUUGUGCUUCACCCCGAGCCCUUCGGAUUUUCCGGCUGCGGCGUGUGGUGACUGGGCUCGAUGAACAACAUCUCAAGAACAGGCUCGAGGGGAUCAUCCGAUCAACGAACUAUCGUGGUAACAUCGCCAUCACGUUCCCUGUUGAGGACGAGCAUGUCGAUUUCUACACAAGCUCGAAAGUGAACACUUGGAGGCUCAAGACGUGGGUGUGUUGGAUCUUCUACUUGACCUUUUUGUGGAUCUUCAGCUGGCCGGUGCUGUUCUUUGCGACGAAGAGAUAUGCUGUCGUAAAGGCUGAGUGGCCAUUUUCGAAAGUUGAUAGUCAGAUGAUUAAGGAGUAUACGACGGUUAGUGAGGAGGAGUGGGUGAGUAAAUGGCAGGUGGCUAUUAGGAGGCUGGUGCUUGAUCGCUAUGAGGGGGAGGCGAGUGAGGAGAUGAUGAGGGGGGUCAUGGAGAGGGAUGCUGAUCCGCCUAUGCCGGGGACGAUUCGGACGGGGCAUGCAGGUGUGGAUGGCGCGGUGGGUUUUCUGAGUGAGGGCAUUAGGGUUGCGAGGGCACUUUCGGGGGGUGAGGGCCUGGGCAGAGGGAUGCAGGGUGUAUGGGGGUACGAUUCGUGAUUGUCACUCAGGGUAGGAAGGAGUCGGAGUAUUUUCAUGGCUUGUUUCUCUAUGGUUGUUGGCAUCCUGUACUCGCCAUCAUUCAAUAUAUAUCUUUUGUUAUGCUACAGCGUACAU